UCCAACUAUAGUUCUAUAGUGUGGAGACCAAGACUGCACUUGGUUGCUCACGUUGUAUAAGUUGGCCAGAUUUCACAAUUUCAGCUUUCCACAAUGUUCAAAUUUGUGUUGAUUUUGUCGCUUUGUUACAUUGUCGUGGAAUGUAACACCGUCAGAUGGGCUGGCAGCUGUGCCAAGAUUUUUACUUGCAUCAGCCCGCUGAAUAAUUUAGAACCAGAAAACACCAAAGAUCUCGGCAAUGCUGCAUUCUAUGAUCAGUUCUGUCAGCAAAGCCAGACGUUCAGUGCCUGCUUCAGGGACGCCAGAGACGAGUGCGACCAUAAAGGAGUACUCAACCGCUACGAGAGCCAGGUCGGUGUGGCUGAUUUUCUGUGUACCGAUGAAAGCAGAGACGACGUUUCCUUCCUGAUCAACUUGGAAUGUGCAAGUAGUGAGCUAAAAAUAGUUGAGUUAAUGCAGAGUUUUGAAGGCUGCACCUUCAGCUUGCACAAUGAGAUGAAUCUCGCUAUGAUAUCGGAUCAGGACCCAUCAACCCUCAAUUUUUGCCCAUUGAUGGAUCAGUUUUCCGGUUGUCUGGUCAACAUAGCCACAGAAAAAUGCGGAAGUCGGGCCGGCGGUUUCGUUAGCCGCCUGUUUAAUGUGGCGGCUGCAACAGAGCUUGGCGAGUUGGGUUGUGGCGCCCAGGCGAGGAAUGCGCGUCGCAACAUUGAUACCAUCUUUCCAUUACUGGCUAAGGCAGCCAAACUUAGACGUUGAACGUCUGAUCUUGCACUGUUCUAAAGUUUCUAUUAAACAAGCA